AUGGCCCCUCCCGGGGGCCCCCAAUACCCAUCCUUCAGCUCCCCUCCGCCCCCUGCCCGUUCCCCUGACACGUGUAUGCUCGGUCUUAAGGAGGUGGAGAGUUUCUUCCCUUAUCAGCCGUUCCUGCCCCCUCCUCCCUGGUUACACAGUAAUUGGGAGCAGAACGCCUGGCAGGGGCAGGUCGAUGCCUGUCAGCUCCCAGCCGGCAGUUUACUGGACACAGAGAAAGGGUCCCUUCAGUGCUGUCUCAGGAGGCAGGAGUUUCAGAGAGGAAGUACGCACCCUCCUUCGACAACACCCUGGGCACACGCAAAGCCCCGCUCUGCCUCUCCUCACAGCUGCCCAGAGUGUGCCCAAGCCGGCCCUGCUCUCUGUGGGGUUAUGGAGAGGAAGAACUUGGGGUGCUGUGAAGCCCCGAAGAAGCUGGGCCUGUCCUUCUCCAUCGAGGAGAUCUUAAAGAGGCCUGAUGAGAGGAGCCAUGUGGUCGGGCCGGAAGGGGCAGGUGGAGGGGGCACCAGGCAAGCAGGAGCUGCGGGCUCCAGGCUGGAGAGGGCCCCAGAGGACCAGCCCCAGGGGGAGAGGAAGAGCAAGCGGAGAGUCCGAACCACCUUCACCACAGAGCAGCUGCAGGAGCUGGAGAAGAUCUUCCACUUCACCCACUACCCGGACGUCCACAUCCGCAACCAGCUGGCAGCCAGGAUCAACCUCCCAGAAGCUCGUGUGCAGAUCUGGUUCCAGAACCAGCGAGCCAAGUGGCGGAAGCAGGAGAAGAUCAGCAGCCUGGGGGCUCCGCAGAAGCUGAGUGAGGCCAACAUGGCCCCGGUCACAAAUCUGGACGUGGCUGGCCCCCUGCUGCCGCCCCCUGCGCUGCCCACGCUGGCUCCUCCCGUGGGGUGUUAUCCUCCCGCUCAAGGUCAGCUGGCCUCUGCCUGGUUCCCUGCCCGGGUCACCCUCCUGCCACACCACCCAUGGGACCCCCAUCCUCUCGCGAGCCCACUCAUCCAACAGACCUGCAUCCUGGUACUCCGAUUCCUUCCACCGCCACACCCCAAGUGGGGCAGCAUCUGUGCCACUUCAACAUAGGGACCAGACGGAUAUCCUCUGCCCAACGGAGCUGCUCUCCUCCCCAGGUGAAGGAAGGUGGUGACAAGGUGCCCCAGGCCUCUGGGGGAAUCAAUCUCACCAUCCAAAGAUGGCCCACAGCCCCCAAAGCCACCCUGAGCAUGCCCCUUGGAAGGUGGCAUCAGACUCAGCAGCAAGGUGACCAACUAGGGAGCUCCCGUCUCUCCUGGCCAAUGUUGCCCUCCGGCUCAGAUGACAGAGGCUGUGUGAGAUCUCAGAACAAGCUCUGGAACAAGGAGGUUGUCCUCUUAUACACGUGCUUCCUCUAACUUGCUGUGUGACCUCCAGCUGGUCACUCGCCCCCUCUGGACUUCCUCUGGAACACGAGGCAGUUGGACAAGAUGACUUUUGAGGGCCCUUCUGGCCCUGACUGUGGUGAAGUGGACCAUGGUGAGAACAGAGGGACAGAGGGGACCAAGGAGGGCUGUUUGUCCAUUUGUUCAUGGCGCACUUAUUGAGCACCUACUGAUUGCUCCAUAAAUGGAACUGGAUCUCGAGAUGAACAACUGGGUGGGCAACGGAGCUCAGCCCAGGGGGUCAAAGGGACAGUGCUGACCUUCCCCUGCAAAGAGAACAUUCACCCAAUGACCUUGCCGUUGGCCCAAGUCUAAAACACGCUGUGUGGCUUUGACAUGAAUGAUCUAAAGUGGGAGAGGAAUAUAGGGAAAAAAUGUGUUUUAAUUUAAAUAGAAUUUGGCGCUUUGGUUAUUCUGCUGGAUUAGGGAGAGAUGUUGUCAUUUCUGAUCUGAAUGAAAAGUAAGACAGUAAGCUCUUUUCAGAGUUUAUCUUCCCAGGACUUGUGCAAGGGGCCCAGGGAGAAGGCCAGCCUCUCACUCUGUCCUGGAAAGCCCAGGGUUUCGUGUGACUCUGCUGUUUCCUUGCGGCGAGACCUCGGGCAAACCGCAGACGCUGUGGGCACCUCAGUUUUCACAUCUGUAAAAUGGAGGUGGUGCCGCCCACCUGGCCUGCCUCACAAAGUGACCAGGAGGCUCUGAAAGGAAGCAAGAGGGCUGUGCAAGGUGUGAGGGCUGGGCCCGCUGUGGGGCGAUGCUGUUGCUCCCAGAGGCCACCAGGGAAGUGGCUGCCUUGGAUCCCAGCCCUGGGGUAAGUCGCUCCUGCUCAUGCAGGGUCGGCUGCUGAACGCCCGUCUGCGUCGGUAUCUCUGGGACCCUCGAGUUAUCUGGAAAGCGUUUAGAGAUACAGUAACAUUUCUUUAAUAUCCGUUGACCUUUAAUAGUUCAAAGCCUUCUUCUUAAAAGGCGGAACAAGCCAUAGACGGUGAGCAAAGAGCAGAAAUAAGAGAUUCACAGGAAAAGCAUACAGACGGAUACUAAACAUAUGAAACCCUUCUCAAUCCCCUCCAUGAUCUAAAAAGUAAAUAAAACAGUAAUAAAAUACGUUCUUUUACCUUUCAGAUUGGCAAAUAUUUCGAAGUGUUGGCGAGGGGUUGAUGAAGUACUCACUCUCAUAUAUAAGGACGGAUGAGUUAGCAAAUCAUUUUAGAAGAUAAUUUGACAAUUAUUAAUAUUCUGAAUGCAAAUGUUUUUGACCCAGUAAUUCUAUUUGCAAGAAUUUAUCUGAUAAAUACACAUGUAUGUAAAUAGGGUAUACGAAAACGUUCGUCGAGACUCGGUGACAGCAAAAACUGGAAACCACCUGAUUAGGACACAGUUGAGCUGACUAUAGCAUAUUCACCCAGCUGUUAGAAAUAAUGAGAGUGAUUGAAACAUACCUGAUGGGAAAUUGUCACUGGACACGUCUUUAAAUGGAAAAAGCAAGUUACAGAACAGUAGUAUGGUCUCAUUUGAGUAAGAAAGGGAUAAGAUAUCUUCGUAUACAAAAACUUUAUCUAUAUGCUGACGGUUUCUGCAUAAGUUAGCUUUUGCUCCAUAACAAAUCACUCCCAAACUUAGUUGCUUGAAACAAGGAUUUCUUUGGCUCACGUCUCUGGCUUGACUGGGUUCGUCAUCUGAUCUGGGCCAACUUGGCUGAUCCCAGCUGGACCUGCACGUGUGUCUGUGGUCAGCUGGUCAGUUGAUGGCCACUGGGCUAUCUAGGAUGGGCUCACUCCCAGGUCUGGGUUUGGCAGGCUGUUAGCUGGGGCGACAGGGUGAUUGGGCCACGUGUCUCUCGCUAGGCUUCCUCCUAUGGUCACAGGAUAUCCAAGAGCACAAAAGCAGAAGGUACAAGGGCUCCUGAGCCCUCGACUCAGAAUUCACUCGUCACUCCUGCUACUUUCUAUUGGUCAAAGGAAGAUUUGACUGUUGGUGGAGGCCAGCCCAGAUUGUGGGAAGAUAGACUCCUCUUGACGAGAAGAGCUGCAGAGUGCGUGGCCGUGGUUAUAAUCUGCCAUGACUCUCGAAAGUGUAUCUCAUCCACGUCUCUUUCUUGAAUUCUCUCGACACCUCCACUUGAACGUCCAAUAGGCAUCUCAAGCUUAACACGUCUAAAAGCAAACUCUUCUGUCCACCCGGACCUGCCUCCUCCUGCCUCAGACUCCCUUCUCAGCAGAUGGCAGCGCCUUUCUUCUAGUUGCUCAGACUGGAUUCCUCAGAGUGCUCUUGAGGACUUUCUUUCCUAAUGGAGUGGCAAGUCCAGCGUUAAAUGCCACCUCCUUGUUGCCAGCCACGAUCAUCUCCCCGCCGUCUCCCUGGGUCCACUGCUCCCCAUCCGUGCUCUAUUCUUCACUCGACAGCCAGAGAGAUCCUGGGUGAAUGUGAGUCAGACCAUGAAUCUCAAAACUCUCAAGUUCUUUUCUGUCUCACUUGAAAUAAAGUGUAAGUCUUCCCCACGGAGGACCAACAUAGAAGGUCCGGGGGCUCCUACUGCUUCCCCCAGGGUGCCCUGCCCCAGCCAUGCUGGCCUCCUCCCAGCGGCAGCUCCAAGGUGCCAAGCACAAUCCUGCCCCAGGGCUUUUGCACUGACUGUCACUCUGCCUGACACAUCCUUCUCUAGCUAUUCGCCUGGGUUGCUCCCUCACUUCCUCCUGGUCGCCACUCACAUGGUACCCUAGAGCCGUCCCUCACAGACCAUCCUAUCUAAGUCACCAUGCACAUCCAUAUUCUGUCACUCCCCAGCCCCAUACCGCAUUUUAUUCUUUUCAUGGCGUUCAUCAACACCUGACAUAUUGUACAUUUAUUUAUUUAUUGUCUAUCGCCCAGCACUGGAACAAAAGCUCCAUGAAGUCAGGGUCUUAUCUGAUUCAAACACAGCUAUGUUCCCAAUAACCAAAACAGGGCCUGGCACAUAGCAGGCACUCAGUAUUUGGUACACGUGGGCGUGCACACAUACACACGUGCACACACGUGUCUAUAUUUUCCCAGGAAGUUCUUAGACAGAUACACAAAAAACCCAACAGCAAUUCCUUCCAGAGAGUGGGCGGGUGGUAUGGAGAUGAAUGGAGAGAAAUGUUUGUUUUUCUUGCUGCCCUGCAGUGUUUGAAUUUUCUGCCACAACUAUAUAAUUUUAUAAAUUAAGAUGUUAAUAAAUAACAAUGAAUGUUUUCUCUCA